CGCAAAUCCUCAUCCAUUUUACCAGAGCUCUCCUUGCCUCCUAGGAGGAACAAGAUGAACCAGCCCGGCUCGCAGGGCGUGCCUGACGCCGCGUCGCGCGACAACAACGGCGCCGGCCAAGAUGGCCGGCAAUUUUCCAUCCUGAGCAGGGCCCAAGUCCUCACCCGCCUGCUCUCGAUCCUCCUGUCCGUCAAUCUGGCCAUGAGCCUGUACCAGCUUCCCCUCAAUCGGGUCAUCGAGCGCCGUCUCUGCAAUGACCACUACCUCAAGAAAGGGGCGUCCAAGCCCGGCUUCGCCCCCGUUGGUGGCGGCGACAUCGCCGAGGAUCUCUGCAAGGUUGACGAGGUCCAGCAGGGCCUGGCCCGCAUCCAGCAGAUCAUGGAUGUUGCCUGGAUUCUAGGAGAUAUGAUGAUGACCAUUCCCAUGGGCUUUCUCGCCGAGAAGUAUGGCCGGAGGGCCAUCCUCCUUCUCAACCUCAUCCCGCGCAUGGCCAUGCUCGCUUGGGCCGUCACCGUCAACUAUUUCGAUGACUGGCUUCCCGCAUGGGCGAUAGUGCUUGCUCCUUUCCUCUCUGUUCUCGGAGGCGAUUGUGUUCUCAACUCUAUUCUAUAUGCCCUGGCUUCCAACAUCACCGACGAGCCUGUAGAUAGGGCUAAGUACUUUGGCUACAUGACGUCGGUGACAUACGUUGUCAACCUGGGUGGGCCCGCGCUCGCCUCCCUAACGAUGGGCAUCAGGCUCUGGCUGCCAUUCAUCAUCGGGAUCACGCUCCUUGGCCACGCAGUCAAGUCCAUCUACCAGAUCCCGGAGGAGCGGCAUGCUGGCCUGCAUCACCUCGCGUGCGCAGACGAGGAAGCCGGUCGCCUGCUCGACCCUGACUCUCCUCACGACAGGGAAACGAUGGCCAGGGGCGGCCACGGACACCCCGCGGCAUCGACCCGUACGAGCUCGGCAGUCUCGGUGCUCCGAGCGACUUUCAGCGCCAUAAGCCUGCGCUUCCGGGUGCUCCGCGCCGUCCUCGGCAGCCGCCAGCGCAACCUCUCGCUCCUCCUGCUCAGCAUGUUCCUCACCUCCAUGGCCAGCGCCGACACGAAGCUGCUGGUGCAGUACAUCUCGAAGCGGUACGGCACCACCUUCGCGACGGCCGGCUACAUCCUGUCCUGCAAGGCCGUCGGCAACUUCGUCCUUCUCGCCUUUGCCGUCCCGGCCCUUCUCGAGGCCCGUCGCCGGCGCGAGCGUAGCCGGGUCCCCGAGCGCGGCCGAAGUCUAAGCCGCGACGGCAGCCCGUCCAGGGACCGGUCCCCGUCCGUCGGCCGGCAAACAAAGCAGGACGCGCUCAAGUGCCUCGGAAUCUCGGCCGCGGGCGCCCUGGCCGUCGGCGUCGCGGGCGCCAUCUGGGUCCUCGUCCCUUCCCUGCUCCUGUAUGCCAUGGGGUCCGCCCUGCCCGUCUUCACCUACUCGCUGCUCAAGUCGCCGCGGGUCUGGCCGUCCACGCCGGCGGCGCCCCCGGUCCCCCAGCCGCCCGCCAGCCCUCGGGGCCGCGAUGAAGAAAAUGCCGGCGACUCCGCGGUGGGCGCCGCCGGGGUCGAGAGCCACGAGACUACAGUGUUCUCCGUCGUCAUGCUCGUCAAGACGGCCGGCUCGCUAGUCGGCGUCCCUAUCGUCACCAGCGUCUGGAUCCGCGGCAUCGGUCUGGGCGGCAGCUCUCUGGGCCUGCCUUACCUGGCCAGUGCGGCCUUGUACGCCACAGCAACCGCCGUCGUUGCCGCCAUGACUCUUGACGACUGAGAGAGAAGCGGAUUCAAGCCGAGAUCCUACUGCGAGGCGCCUAUAAUUGCGUGGAUCACCGCCGCGGAUCUGAUCCGAUAUUAGACACGAAGCUGCUGGGUGCCAGAGGCUAAGCAAACGUGGCAAUGCCGACAUUCUUUAGCAUUGGCGUCAUCCAGGCUUGAGAUCUUUCCCAUCCGGCUAAACAGUAGGACCUCAAUCUUCGCAGAUUACGAGGGGGCCCUGACCCUAGUUCACAAUCGGGAUCCGCAUGCGAGAGUUUGCGUAUGCAAUAGAACCGCGGU